AUUAUUAAUGAGAAUAUUUUAUAGUGUUAAAUGUACUGAUAUACAGUACGUCUAAACAGGGCGAAUAUAAGGUUAUGUAGAAAAUACAUAAUGGUUAAAUGUGCAAUAUGUAAGAUUCAAGAAUUAACCAAAUUGAAUGUAAACAAGUAGUGGUUUCUGACAUUAUGAUUUCUAUGUGUUUUGUUGCAGAGCAAUCUAUUGAAGCUAACAUGCUAACCAGCUAGCCCGUCUAAAGCUUGUCCCAGUCCAAAGCUCCCGUGCUUAUGGGUGUAAACACUUACUUUUCCCUGAUCCCAGAGCUUCAAGUCACAACCGCUUACUGAGCUAACUAAGCUAAUUUAGCAAAGGCAGCUACAGUUAGCAGCAGUUAGCAGUGACUCUGGGGAUAUCCAACCCCCAGUUGAGUAUGAAUUUGACAGGUGGCCAUCACAUUUUACACCUUUAAUACAAUUAAGUGGGUUCUACUGUUAUGCAAAAGAUCAGACCAAGCUUUGGACACAUGCAAACCAAUUUAAAACCCAAGUUAGAACUUUACUGGUUUCACAAAGUAAUUUCCAAAAAAAAAAAUAGCACUUAACAUUUUAAUAUGAUUCAACCAUACUUUGAUUGUUACGCAUGACCCAGCCCCACACUCCAUUCCUUCUGUUUUGACCAACUCUUUUGUCUCUGUGUGCCAGCUCCUGUAAUCCCCUUAGACACGCCACCUGCAGACUGUCUGUUAUGUAAGGCUGGAAGGAGACAUUAUAAGGGCCGACCAGGCUGUCCUGCAUCAGAGCACAGGUUGAAUUGUCUGAGCACACACCAGACCAGGGACAGAUCUUUCGUGAGUGUGAUUCCCGGUCCUGGGAGUCCGGGAAGAGGAGCUUGAGUGACAUCUGGCCUGUAACUCAUUCCUGGUUUAAGAGGAAGACCAUCAAACAAGCUCCAAAUAUGUUUUUCAGAGUCCCAAGACUGACCCCGGGCUACAUUAGGCUGCUGCAGCUCACAAAACACAAUCACCUUUCCGGUGGCAUUUACCACAAACAAUGGAGAAACCCAAGCCUGUGACAGUCCAUUGCGUUGUAAAUGGAAAUGGGAAAAGGACCCAGGCCUACCACAAUGUGUCUGUGACGCCUCCAGCUGAGAAGUCCGUGCCCGGCAUGGCCAUGCUGCUGGGGGCCUUGGGGAUCGGGGUGUGUGGCUACAGCUCCAGGCAGCUGGCCCUCCACCACCGGCCCUCUGCGCGUGUGCUGCAGUUGAUUGGCACACACACUGAUGCCAGCACGGUGGGCACAGCAGCCCACAGGACCCCGUUCCUGGACAUCGCUCGCCGGGGCGUUGCCAGCCAGGACAUCCCACCUCCCUCCUUUGUGGGCCAGAAAGUUCCUCUGAAAUAAUCCGUAGAGUGGAUACAGAUUGGGCAACAUCACAGGUUGAGUUCGGGUAACUACACUUCCGCGCGUCUAAGAUCGUAGCUAUGCUGGCCCGUCGCUCAGAUGUGGCCCAUGUGCUCUCUGGUGAUGAGCAAGUGUGGUUAUUGGACUGACCUCAACCUGAAGUUUGAUGUCUGAUAUUCUGUAACUAGUGCAACACAUAUAAAACUAGAUUCACUGCUGUUGGAUUGUGUCAGUUAGCCACUAAUAUUGUAGCUUUUAAUGCACCGAGAAGGUCCAAAGCAAUACGGCUGAUUGGAUGAGUGCGUAAUGAUGCUGGAACCUCCCAAAGACUCUGUCAGGAACUGACAUGUUUAAUUUGGAGACAGUGUGUGUCUUAUUGAGGGAUGGCGUGAAAAGGGACUGAUGCUUGGCAGUGCCCCUCUAUACACAGAUGGUUGGCAAACCUUUUCUCCGUGCCCCCCCUCCCCAGGCAGACAGCCAUGUGUAAGAGUUUUAGCAGUCCAUCCCUGCCCAUGACUUCAAUUGAUUUCCUCUGAGGAGGAGCAGGUGCCAUCCAUCAGCGAGCUUUGGCAUUCACUGGCGCGGUCUGCCACCGGCUGUCAAUCAAGCGACACUGGCAGAAGAUGCGGGCUGGCUGAGUCUGUGACUGGAGCUUCCCGUGUUCAGGAAAGUUUAAUCCUCACAAGGGGUUUGGCGAGAGCGAUGAAAGAGUGGAGGAGAGUGGCAGGGCCGUGUUGUGGAUCGUAAACACUUCUUUCUGUAGAAGAGUGUUGAGGAACUUUGAUAUCAAAGCCUGAGUCAUGUAAGCAAGACGAGCACAAAUACACCCUCGGGAUUAUGAAUCCCUAUUUACCUGGCUGACACAGCGGGUGGCAGGCGAACGAGGCAGAAUGGUGAUUCCUCCUGGAUAAGCCUGUGUCCUCUGCGGGGAUUACCCCAGGUGGAAAAUCAUUCCUGGCAGACGCGGUCACUCGCCUAAUCUGGUAUUAGAGGCGAGGACCCGUGAGAGGCAGACGGUCCCUGUGCAUCCAAACUUUGUGCCAUUCCCCCUGCAGAGUCCACCAUUCGCCCCACUGUGGAUUAAAAAAUGUAUGGGAUUGGUGUUUCCUUUUGCGAUUACACCAAAAAAAUGUCACAGUGAAAAGGGUUUGGCGAGAUGCUGAGCGUGGUUGAGAAUGCGUGCUGUGCCUUAUGGAUAGCACAGGGUCGUACUGUCUUUAUAUGAUAUAUCAAAAUCUGCUAAAUGAAGAAGUUUGUGUCUCAGACACCUCAAUGACACGGUGGAGGAGAAAGUUCCGUCUGUAUAGUUGUGAAGAAAAGGAAGAUGGUGGGAAAGCGAGAGUGUUUCAUCACUGAGAGGUCAGCCAAACCUUGUAAGCCAGUUUUUCAUCACUAAAGAGCCAUCCCCUUGUCCGUCCGCCAAAUUGCAUCUAGCAGCUAGUUGUUGCAGGUUAUGCUUUUUUUUUUAGAGCCCUGAGAGUGGCCCUCCCGAAAGCUGGCACAGUAGGUCACCAACAAAAUGGUCGUAAUCCACUCAGAAGAGGGGGCUAAUGGUUCCAACUGGCCUCAGAUACCGAACAAUUGCUCACCUUAAUCUGGAUCACGGACUGACACAUCAUAAUGGGGUUGUGAUAGUCUCAUACAGCAGGAUACUCAAAAUUCAGGGUAAAAAUACAGAUUAUAAAACUUUCCUGCGACAGCCGAUUCAGAUUUAUGUAUGUACUUAACAUACUCUUCUCCUGCACUGCUUUUUAAAGUCACACUCAGGCAUGGAAAUCGAUGUGUGUGGGUGCUCGAGGUUGUGUAACGCACCUGGCUGCUGUUUUUUUUUUUUUUGAUGGAUUCUCUUUAUACUGCAGUGGUGCACAGUGAGCACAGAGCACUGUGGAAACCUAUUGAUCUCAAUCAGAGAGUGAGGGAGAGCUUGUCUCCUCACUGCAGCAAACUUCCCGUUUCACUCAGCAGAGUGGAGUUUAUGAGGUGGGGGCGUGGUGGGGGGGGACUGCCAAGACAGCACCCAGACGAAAAAAGGGAGCAUCUGAAAAAAAAACACGUUUGCCGCCGGGAAUCAAAAUACAGGGAAUGUUUGAAAGUACAAUAUUAAUCUGUUAGCUCACUGUGUAAAGGUCUACGUACUCCGCCUCAGCUGUGCUCGUUAAGUGAGAGAUUUGUACUGUAAGCGCUGUAGUUAAUAUUUAAUGGAAAGUUGUUGGAAGAGAUUUAUGAAAUAAAAGCAUUUGGCAAACAUGCUGCUCUGCUGUU